AUGUGGUUGAACAGUGUUCGAGACUUCAUCCUCAAUUAUUCCUGCCAGCUAUCAACACCUAUCAUUGCGGCAAUUGGAUGGUGCCAGACCUGGGUUAUCGCUUCUAUUUUUCUCUCCAUGGGAAAAUCCAACGAGGUUGUUGAGGCCAUUGAAGAGCCACGACUGCAGAGUUCCUUCGUGAGAUACUAUAACGAAGCCAGAGAAGACCCAGGUCACUCGGAAACGUCCACUUGUAAUUAUGUUGCAGAGCAAAGGUAUACGGGUAGUCUAGCAAAGUGUACGGUACUUGCUGCAUGGCCCGGGCUUGCAGAUCGUUCCACUGCUACUCCCAAAAAGGCCGUCGGUGUGAUGUCAAUGGACCCUGGACUCAGCACGCAACUUUUUGACCUCUAUCACUCCGUCUGCAAUGCAGGCUACCUUGCAUACCUGUCAUUCCUCAUUCAAAUUACCGGCUCUCUCUACGGUAUCGUGACAGUCUCGAUCAUUUGGGCAGAUGAUGCACGUCUCAGAGAGGAAGCUUAUGGUGUUCAACUUGCAGCAACAACUUGCCGCACUCACUAUCAACCGCGGGAUGUGUUCCCGUGGGCACCUCUUCACGCUCUUUAUGUUACGAUGGCUAUCGCUGUUGCACUGGAAUUCCUCUUCGCUGUCAGGGGAUUCCUCAUUGGUUGGCAUAUGAGCGUGCUUCCUGGUAUCCUCCGUUUCUUUGUUGUCUUUUCGUGGUUGCUUCCUAGCGCAGAGGCACUGACACUAAUAUUUGGCCUUAUCGCAAUGAAGAUGGAGGUUUCAUUCAUCUCCGCCAAGGUGAUCAUCUUUGGGCUCCCGGCACUGUGGUUAAUGAUCGGGCCGUUGCUUAUCAUCGGAGCAUUGUUGGGAUCACACUUUGGCAUGUUGAAUUGUCUUGUUGUCAAUUCUAGCUUAUUGAAUUCAACAUCGUCAUCGCUCCACUCUGUCGUUUUCCUUUUUCAUCUUUGA